AUGGAAAUGAGGAACCGCACGGUGAUAACUGAGUUCAUCCUGCUGGGAAUUCCUGAGACGAGGGGUCUUGAGAAUGUCCUCCUGGUCCUAUUCUCCUCCCUGUACAUAUGGACCCUCUUGGGAAAUGCGUUCCUCCUCAUGGCCAUUCUGUCCUCCUCCCGGCUUCACACACCCAUGUACUUCUUCCUGGGGAACCUCUCCAUAUUUGACCUGGGCUUCUCCUCCACGACAGCCCCCAAGAUGCUGUUCUACCUUUCUGGGCAUGGCCAGAUUAUUUCCUUUGAGGGCUGCGUCGCUCAGCUCUUCUUCUACCAUUUUCUGGGCUGCACCGAGUGCUUCCUGUACACCGUGAUGGCCUACGACCGCUAUGUGGCCAUCUGUCACCCCUUGCGCUACACAGUCAUCAUGAACCACAGAGUCUGCUCCGUCCUGGCCACAGGGAACUGGUUGGGGGGCUGUGUCCAUGCCACUAUCCUAACCUCCCUCACCUUCCAACUCUCCUACUGUGGCUCCAACGAGGUGGCCUACUACUUUUGCGACAUCCCUGCCAUCUUGGCCCUCGCCUGCGAAGACACCUCGCUGGCCCAGAGGGUAAGCUUCACUAAUGUGGGUCUUCUGUCUCUCAUCUGCUUCUCCCUCAUCCUUUUUUCCUACACUCGCAUUGGCAUUUCCAUCUCCAAAAUUCGCUCUGCAGAAGGUCGGCAGCGUGCCUUCUCCACCUGCAGCGCCCACAUCAUGGCCAUUUUCUGCGCUUUUGGCCCAGUGAUCAUCAUCUAUCUGCAUCCCCAUCCCAGUGCUCUGAUGGGGGCUGUUGUGCAGAUAUUGAACAAUAUGGUCACCCCCAUGUUGAAUCCAUUGAUUUACAGCCUGAGAAACAAAGAUGUAAAAGCGGCCUUACGAAAUCUUGUUUCUAAGAAAGACUUUGCCCUGUAGAAUAAAUACGAAAACUGA